UCCCUCAGAAGUUUGGUCUGUCGCCUCGGUCUCUGGGACAGCCUCUCACACACCAUCUAACUUAGCAACUUGGGAAACUAACUCACCUGCAAGCGCCCGACCACCAAAUCAGACAAAUAUUAAUUUUCUUUCAGUUUUGUUAUUUUUGUUUUGUGUGUAACCACUGCCCACUGUCAUGGAGACCCUGCGAUCGAGACCCGGACACAACUCAUUUUGCCAUACUUGCAGGACAACGGAGGAGAGCAGAAGAAAGGUCAAGAAGAUGUCUUCAUCCAGCCGUUCGUUGCUCUUUGCACUGGCGCUCACCCUCUAUGCGGUGGAGAUGACCUCGGCUGAAACUCUGUGUGGGGGAGAGCUGGUGGACGCGCUGCAGUUUGUCUGCGAAGACAGAGGAUUCUAUUUCAGUAGGCCCACCAGCAGGGGGAACACCAGGCGCACGCAGAACCGUGGGAUAGUGGAGGAGUGUUGUUUCCGUAGCUGUGACCUCAACCUUCUGGAGCAGUACUGUGCCAAACCCGCCAAGUCAGAAAGAGACGUGUCGGCCACCUCUCUACAGGUCGUACCGGUGAUGCCUCCAUUAAAGCAGGAAGCCCAGAGGAAGCCGCAUGUGCCCGUGAAGUAUUCCAAAUACGAGCAGUGGCAAAGGAAGGCGGCCCAGCGGCUCCGGAGGGGUGUCCCCGCCAUCCUGAGAGCCAAAAAGUUCCGAAGGCAGGCGGAGAAGAUGAAAGCCCAGGAGGAAGCAAGCUUCCACAGGCCGCUGAUCAGCCUGCCCAGCAAACUACCACCCGUCUUGCUCACCACCAACAACUAUGUCAACCACAAAUGAACCCGUUGCCAGCCCUUUGCACAGACAAGAGUUUGGAAGGACAAAAAAGCCUAGGGGAUUAUAGCUUUGUCUCUGACGUCAUUUCUGUGGCAGUCCUCUUUGACCUCCCCUGCCCUGUCCGAGCCCACCAGUACCCCCAGCCCAUUCUCAUCCACUACUUCUUGACCCCCUGCCCCCUUUCUAAUACCCCUCGAACCAUACCGCCAUCCUACGGAGCACAAACAUGCCUUCACAUUCUUCCUGUCUGAACUUUUUUUCUUUUUUUUUCUCACAGACACAAAAGGCACAAACACAAAUGAUGAACAAAAAGUUAACAAUUCGACUGAAUGCCAUUCAGGUGGACCCGUAAGCAAAAGAAUAAAUGGAAGAGAGCAAGAAGAUGAAAGAGAUCUGUGGUUUGCAAGUGUCAAGAGGACACCCAACGGAAUGUUUUUUGUGUGUGUGUGUGUCCUUGUGGAACUCAAAGAAAUGACAAGCUUGCAUGACAGUAUCCAUUCCACCUUUUUUUUCCUGAGGCAAAAAAAAGUUUUUUUUUUUUUAAAUUUUUUAGUUUGCACCUCUACCUAUAAAGGGACUUCCACACUGUAAGGAAUUAUUUUAUAAAAUUAGAUUCCUGUUCCAGCACCUUUUGAUCACAAACAAAAAGCAGAAAAGAGUCUGCAGAAUUGCACAUUGCCACGGAUUACGUCAAAGUAAAGAAAAAUAUAUGGCACUAUUUUUUUAUGAACAAUGGACGCGUAGCUUCAAAAAUGCCAUGGUGCUAGCUUUGGGAAAGGACUCAAAGAAGAGGUUGAAAAGCACGUUUGUUUUUUUUUUCUUUGAAUAUAUUAUAACUUUCCGUUUUAAGGAAAGUGUGACGUUAAAAAAAUAGGGAGAAAGAAUAUGGGGGCGCUCCUGACAGUGGCAAAGUCAAGGGGGAAGUGUCACUGAGAAACUAUGGGGGCGAUGAGGGCAUCAAUGCUCAAGGGAAGUGCGAGUGGCUGCUCAUCACAAGGAGGACAAGAGACUCUGGUCUUGUCCCUUCUGUCUCCCGUCCCGGAGGCAGAUGAACACAGGGAACAUAAUAUGGGACACACCAUGGACUGCCUGGAUUGGGACAGUACAAUAGUCCUGGGACAGUACUUCUGGCUUUGCGGACUGCUCCGGCAGGAGGUAUCAUGGCAUGGACAAGUGGGAUAAUUGAUGAUUUUAUUUUAGUUUCAUCUUAUUGUUUCUUGCUUUCUUUUCAUAUCAAUAUUUCAAUGAAAAAAAAGGAACCCCACCCCCAGCCGUCUGUUUCUGGUACCAUGACAUUCCUCUUUUUCGAAGUUAGGCAAUUUCAUGGUUAUGUUAUAUGAUGUUAAAAAAAGGCACAGACAUUUUGAUUCAAAGGGAUAAAACAGCAAUAAUGUCAACUAACAUUUAUUUUUAUUUUAUAUCAGUAGUAUUCACAUGCGUUUGCCUGAAAACAAAUACUUGAAUAUAUCUAUCUAUACAUAUAUAAAUAAAGGUGUACGUAUAUAUAUAUAUAUAUAUAUAUAUAUAUAUAUAUAUAUAUAAAUAUAUAUAUAUACACACACACAUUAUAUAUAUAAUUAGUUUCUAGGGACAUUGUGUUAUUUCCUAUAGUCUGAGCUGUAUCUUGCGUAAUGAGCCGUCAUGCUUUUUUGUUUGUUUGUUGAAAUACAAAUAAGGGCACUGUAUAAAGGCAUUAUUUAUUUUGUUAUAAAAUAUAUUUGAAAAUUGGUCCAAAUAAUAUGCGCAGCACUGAUGCUCAACUGACGGAUUUAUUUUGUAUGAUCUCUGUUUUCCAAUUGGAGCUGUAAGGCUUUUUUUCUAGAUGCUUUGUACCAAAAAUAAUGUCUUUUAUCCCCCUUUUCAUUUGCCAUAGUUAUUUUAAAUUAAUAUUUUAACAGUGUCAUGUAGUCUGAAUUUUGUAGGCAUGUUAUGUCACAAAAUAUUCACAUACUCGUAAUAAUAGUGAUCUGCAUGGAUCUCCAGAAGCCUGUCAAGGUUACAAGAGAAACAAAAGUAUCAUCGAGUAACUUUAGUAACUGAAACUGUUCAACAACAGUUAUAUUCAACCCACUAUUUUUGAAGCCACUUUAGUAUUGAUGGCGGGGGAAUGUUGGGUCCUUAAUUAAAUAAUGUCUUCAUAAUUGUGCACGGUGUCCAGCGAUCUUCUAAGGAGCAUCUUGUCUAUGUGCCAGAAAUGCAAAUGCCGUCAUAAAUAGUGUGUUGAUCAGAUCAAAUGUCACUAGAGGGUCUUAAUUCGCACAGUGCGCCUUUACCCUCGUUGAGAUUAAUGUCAGCGGUCAUUGAUUCUCUUGCUUUCUCUUUUCACCUUCUGUAUCCAUCUCUCCGCCUAUCUAUCUAUCUAUCUAUCUAUCUAUCUAUCUAUCUAUCUAUCUAUCUAUCUAUCUAUCUAUCUAUCUAUCUAUCUAUCUAUCUAUCUAUCUAUCUAUCUAUCUAUCUAUCUAUCUAUCUAUCUAUCUAUCUAUCUAUCUAUCUAUCUAUCUAUCUAUCUAUCUAUCUAUCUAUCUAUCUAUCUAUCUAUCUAUCUAUCUAUCUAUCUAUCUAUCUAUCUAUCUAUCUAUCUAUCUAUCUAUCUGUCUGUCUGUCUUAUCUAGCCACCUAUCUAUCUAUCUGGCUCUUCCACAUCAAUGGCCUUGAUCUUAUGAACCAUCACCUCCCACUCAACCAUGCACUAUGUGUUUAAAUGAAGGGCUAAUGCAGUCAUAGGAUUCGGGUAAAGAAAUACGCACUCUGCAGGGAAGAGUGUCAUAGUUACUGAGUCGGAGAUAAUUGCGUUGUUAUUUAGAACCUUUCAUAAUCAUGUGGCAAACCACUGAAGCCUAUGACAUAGACCUUACCACUUCCUCCGGAAAUGGGUUAUGCAUCACCCAAAUGAAGACCGAAUCGAUACUCGCCAUACUGAGGUGAAGGCUCAAGCCAAUACAUUUACAUUUGUUUCCACAGAUACCUUCUAUAUCCUUCUCAGAUUAUAUUCGAUUUCCAUUGUGCAAAGAGACAGACAGUGCAAUUAUUGUUAUUAUUAUUAUUAUGCUGGGACUGCAUUCAUUCACUCUUGUAAUGUUGAAACAGGCUACUCUAGAGUUGUUAUAAUGAAAUACAACCACUUCCUUUGCUAAAUAUGAAGAGCUAUCAUGCAGAGCAAUGGCAACUUCUUCUUUGUCACAAGCUCACUCAGACUGUGUGUAUUUUUUUUUAUUUAACCUCCGCACGCUAGAACGUCCGAAAUGCACAAUUUAUGUACUAUGAUUUUUAAUAUCAAUUAAAAAACAUUUUAUCAAACAUACAACAUGAAGCAUAGUUAUUGUAUCCUUUGCAUUGUCCGCCUUCUGUAAUGGUGCUUGUUCAAUAAUGACUUUUUGAGUUCGGGCUUUAUCAGGCCUUUUCGGACCUCUUUUGGAAGCAAUCAAAAGUUCUGUGCUGUCUAAAUGAUUUAAUGUCUCGAGGCCUUAUAAAGAAUUUUCUGCCGCUUAUAUCAUGCUACCCCUCGCCACCUUUUUUCCACCUCUGCCUGCCUCCGUAUCUGCCCUUCUGUCUUCUGCACCAUGCACAUCACCACCAAGGCAGAAAGGCCGGAUGCAGUUUCUCUCCUGCAUGCCACACUAAAUGUGGCCCGUUGUCACUCCCAUCCUGCAGUGGCAUAUUACUAAUGGAGCAAGUUGCUAUUCUGUGGCUAUGUUUGGAGGCCAACAUGUCUCAAAUCAUCAGCUGCAUAUUUGGAAAAUGGCAUGACCUGUUUUUGGAGACAUGCAUGCACAUAUACCCACCCACCCAUGCUUUUGUCUGUUACCAGGUAGAUUUACAGUAGAAUAACUUCCCCAAAUGGAACCGUUUCUGGGGAAUGUUUUAUCAUGGAGUUUACUUUGGGCUGACAGUGUUGUUUAAUUUUACUAUCAAAGAGUUAAGGCCCGAAAAUGAGAAAUGCUACGUUUCCUUAUUGCACAGUUGUGUUUCAUGUUUAUGUGAUACUGUGUGGCCAUAAUUGAUCAUGUCAACUCUGAUUUGUGCUGUUUUGGACUGUCUCCUGCAUGACAGGACAGUCACUUCAAAUGUACCAGUACUAGCUCUAUGCAGGUGACUGCUUUCUCCAUCACCUGCUUUGUGAUGUAGCCAUGUGGUUAUGGGAAUACUAGCUGGUUCGCCGCCCUCUGGGCGGCUCAUCAGCUAGUUCCUGCGGAAGGGUGGUAAGGUGGGCCUUCGGCCCACAAAAGUGUUGUUGCUUGGUUCAACUUUUUGUUCAUCUUCAUUGCUUAUCGCGAAAAUAAAGAGAUGUUUAGCUCUACUAAAUAACUAACAAUUUCAUUGCAAUGCUUGUGGGUAGACAACAUCUAUAUUUGGCCACAGUCUAUUAGAAUUCUUAAAGUUAGGUUUUCUUUAGAAUGGGUUAACCCUCUAGUUAUGCUUCCUCAAAAUUGUCCAAUACAAUAAUAAUAAUACAUUUUAUUUAUAAGCGCCUUUCAAGACACCCAAGGACACUUUACAAUAACAAAAAAGACAAAACAUAAUGGGUUGAGCAGCGGCAGCCAAAAUCAGUGAAAUGACUUAUUUUCAGAUGAUUUCUUUUUUUUAAUGCAUUUUUCAUGUAUUUAUCCUGAUACAACUUCUCCCAGGAUUGAGCCACUUUUUUGUGUCUUUUCCAGACACUUCAAAAUUUGACCUGACUUUAAAUGUCUUGGCCUUAAUUGCAUACAUGAGUGUAAUGACAAUAUAAAAUACUGAUAAAUCAUAUGUGUGUACAAUUAAAUUAAGCAGAAGCAUGCAAUCCAUAAUGUUGGGUUUAUUGUCAACAAAUGCCUACACACAUCUGCAUUCAAAACGGCCAUUUUACGUCCACCGUACUCUAACACCAACAGAGCAUAAUUCUGAUGACUGAAGAAUUCCAAAACGCAGGGGCUAUACAAACCAUAAUCUCAAAUCACUGCAUUCAUCCCAUCAGAGAGGCCUCCUGAAUGGCAGAGUGGAGUGUAGAUGUGGGUGGCACAAUUCUCCCAAGCCUGACACUGGAAACUGCCAAAGAGCACACUAGAGUUAGUUGUGGUUGGCCGGAUGCACGGGAUACAUGUAGGGCCCGGCCAAGUAUUGAGGCGCAGGGUUCGUCAAACCCAGACCAUCGCAGCCAGUGUGGCCACACAGGCCAAUUAAGACUGGCCUUCCCUCUUUUCUUCUCCUCUCCUCGGUUGUCUCUCUCUCAUCUUCCCCCUCUCUUUAUCUCUCUGACUCUCUCUCUCGUACUCCCUCUCUCUUUCUCUCAACCUUCACAAAGCAUGCUAACACAUUCCUCUUAUCCCACUUUGCCUCUCUAAUUGCAGCAGGCUGAAAAGCGGGAUGGAGAGAGGGAAAUGAGAUUGAGAGAAAGGGACGCAGAGAGGGAAAAAAGGGGGUCAUACCACACACCCUACACAGGCAGGACAAACUGUACUGGCCCCUGGAAGAGUCCGUGUCACUGUGUGCAGUUUGCGCCAGGUGAAGCAUGAAUGUGAGCAUGAAUCACCUCUCUGUUCAUUCAUUACACAGAUAUCUGAAAGAUUUGGCUAAUUUUCAAGAAAACAAGUACUCCACAAAUCAAAAAUAUAACUCAGUCUGAACCCUCACAUGGGCUGGGAGUAUAAAGAGGGGAUUGUGUUUCUUCGGCUCCCCACAAAACAGUCUAAUUGUUGAUUCUUAAUCAACCCGUCGGUGUGAGGAGGCUUACCAAAUUAUGUAACUGUUGGCUCUAGAAUAUAUGUUUGCAAAGAAGUGGACAUUUUCAUUUUUUAAAAUUUGGCGUGAUGAGGCUCUUGGAAUUUUCUCCUGAUUAUUCUACACCAGAGGCGUUGCUAGCCCAAUUUGGGGGUGGUCAAGCACCCAUCAACCCUGAAAUUUGAGAGAUAGUUUAUUUAUUUAGUUAUUUAACAUUCAUUUGUUGAUUCAUAUGGCCUUCUAAACAAGCAAGAAAGGUGCUUAAACAUAACACAAAGUACUGAAUAAAUGAAUAUUUUAACAACA